GUGCUGUUAUUUUGUUCGAAAACUGUUCGAAUUGGCGCCACUAGCUGUCAACAUGUCCAGCCACGAGGAGGAUGAACACGAACACGAUCACGAGAAUGGCGACGAUGUCGAGGAGCAGGAGAUACAUGUCGAUGUCGAUUCCGAUUCGCGAAUGUCCUGCGGCAGUGGCUCAGAUGUGGAUAUGGACGGUGGCAGUUGCUACGAUGAAUCAGAGACUCCGCUAAGUGAAUCGCUGCAAUCGGAACAGACGCGCUCCUCGUCCAGCGAGAAUCUGCCCUUCAGCAUAUCGAGGCUGCUUUCGAAACCCUUCGAGACCAAUAACAACAACAAUAACAACAACAACGGCCACAGCACACAGCACAACAACAGCAGCCCCAACAACAACCACAACAACAACAAUAACAGCAGCUCCGAUAGAAACUCGGCGGAGAAGGAGCUGCAAGCUGAAGCGGAUCACGAACUGGCCGCCUAUAAGCUGGCCACCAGCAUUGCCAACUCGACAUAUGGCAGUGCCGCUGCCUUGUACUCAUAUCCGCAUCUCUAUCCGUCGGCAGCAGCGGCCGCUGCUGGCCAUGUGCUGCGAGUGCCACCGCAGCGUACGCCGCUGACCUGGGCGCUGCCACCGUUGCAUCAUGCGGCGCUUGCCCAUCAGGCGGUCAAGGAUCGACUUGCAGCUGCCUUUCCGAUUGCCCGUCGCAUUGGACAUCCCUAUCAGAAUCGCACGCCGCCCAAGCGAAAAAAGCCGCGCACAUCCUUCACACGCAUCCAAGUGGCCGAGCUGGAGAAGCGUUUCCACAAGCAAAAAUAUCUGGCAUCUGCGGAACGUGCGGCUCUGGCGCGAGGACUCAAAAUGACCGAUGCACAGGUGAAGACGUGGUUCCAAAAUCGUCGCACCAAAUGGAGACGUCAAACGGCGGAGGAACGCGAAGCGGAGAGACAGGCGGCCAAUCGCCUGAUGUUAUCCCUACAGGCGGAGGCCAUUAGCAAAGGAUUCGCGCCGCCGGCAGCGCCACUGGGCUCUCAGACCAGCGUCAAUGGAGCUCCUCUUGCGGCGCUGCACGGUCUGCAGCCUUGGGCGGAGGCGUCGCAUGCCGCUGGCUGCUAA